CAAUUAACCAUUUGGCUGGAGUAUUUUUGCAAUGGAGACAGGGUAAAAAGCACCAUAAAAACUCAUGUUUGAAGACUAAAAUCAAGGAUCAGCUUGUUGGAAAUAUAAAAUCCCAAGUUUUCAAGAUGUUCUGCCACCUGCAUUGCAUGUUGGUGGUCUUUUCUUUGCUCCUCACACUCACAGGUUCCUUUGUGAAUGCACAAACAACAGAAGUGGUCACUGAAAUAACAGCAACAACGGCGGACCCCCCAGACCCAUGUGCAUCCAACCCAUGUACAAUAGCCAGUACACACUGCGUGGCAGCCGGCGAAUCCCACACGUGUGAAUGCCGUCCAGGGUAUUUUGAAACCAACGGCAAUUGCACAGUUGCACAGCAAUUCGCUGGCUCGUUUUCCAUCACACAGGUUGGCGGUAAUAAUGUAUUGUACUCAGCUGACCUAGCCGACACGGACUCUGCGGCGUUUGCUUCUCUAGCAGCAGACGUGGAAGACGCGCUUGAUACCGUCUACCAAGCGAGUACGAUGGCGGAUAUCUACCUUGGUAGUGAGGUAUGGGUUCCGGAGUGGCUCUAUCGUGGCCGACUACAUGUUCUGUUUGCCACAGAAGACGCCGGUCAGCCGGUGCUCGUAAACUCGACCGACGCGACAGAGGCCUUCACGACUGCACUAGCUGCGGAGUCGGCCAACCUUGGUAUAACCAUUGAUGAUUCGACAAUCACUGUUUCAGAUUUCGACGAGUGUGCGUCGGCUGAUGACAACGAUUGUGAUCCUAAUGCCAACUGCACUAACACGGCAGGGUCAUUCACCUGCGAAUGUGACACGGAACUUUACGACAACUCACCGAAUACUGACGAACCCGGUAGAGUCUGUAUCGCUCCCUGUGAUCCUGGCCUAUGUACCCGACCCAACGAAAUAUGCAACAAUGGCGGCACUAUCGAAGAUGAUAACCUAUGUAAAUGUAUCGAGGGCUAUGACUACACCCAAUAUGGCGAUUGUGACCCAAUGGCCCGUUCAACGGACUUCCGAUGCUAUCACUGCGAGGAUUCCAUUGAUAACGUCAAAUGCAACGGUCGUAUGGAAUCUGAAAACGGCACCGCCCGACAGUGUCCCAAUCCGACAGACACGUGCUAUCAGACUAUACAGAUGAACCCGGAAGGAGAUGGCUUCAUGAUUAGGAAAGGUUGCAUGAAUCUGGAGGACUGCUAUGACCUGCUGUACAGUUACGAAGCCGACCCUGCCAAGGCCUCCUGCUUUGAGUACAUCUUUCCUUACGGGCAGGACACUCCACCAGGCCCUGGCGUCCAGUGCCACUACUGCUGCAGCGAGUACUUCCCUCUAGACCUCUGCAACUACGACAGCAUCCAUUUCAUCUACGGGACGCCUCGCAUCAACAGCUGGGAUCCUAGAAUGAACUGGGAUCUCUCCAUGAACCUUGAUGCAACGGAGGAACCCGAGAGCGGAUCACAGCGCCAUCUACCGGUCUGCGGUGUCCUAAGCCUAGUAGUCACCACAUUACUGGCGCUCAUGCUCCACUAGAGAUAAAUCUCUCACAUUCUUUUGUUCAUGAUUUUCAAGUCAUGUAAGGGGAAAAGUAAAGGGCAAAAACAAUGAUUUCAUAAUUAGCAAGAUGAAUCUAAAGAGAAGGAACAAAUGGUAGACAAAGAACGCAAUCAGUAUGCAUAUUAAUUAGCACUCAGGACAUAUUUGCAUAAGGUGUCAAAGCGGAAAAAUAAUAUUCAUAAACACGUUCUAAUCAUAUCUAUGGAGAGCAGGUGCUUUAAAACAAGUUUAUUUUGUUUAAUUCACAAGUGAUCUAGAUUAAUUUGAUUUCCCAAAAUGCAUUCAAGACAAAUGAGAGUCGGAUAAAUGAAUUAAAUGGAUUGAUAAAGUUAGACAUUGAUUCUGGUGAAUCUGUCGAUUUUUGUCAUAAUAUUUAGAUCAAAUUUAAGGUCAAUGUAUUGCGAAAAUGAAAAAUAUCUUUCUUAUAUUCGUUAUUUGAAAUGUAACAACUCAGGUUUUGAAAGCGACAGCUUAAAUCGUAUACUAUUUAUUUUUUUGCUUUUACUUUUGCUUAUUUUUGAAAAAGUCAAGACGGGUUUGUGAUCUAAAUCAAACCUGCUACUAAAAAAAAUGAUGUUCAUUGAAUAAUGGUUCCCAUUUUGAAAUAUUAUUU